AUGGAAGAUCACGUCCGAGACACCAGUAGUCAGCCAAACCAUGGCUCUGAAACUGAGAGAAACGAACCGGUGAGAUCCCGGUGGACACCGAAACCCGAGCAAAUUCUUAUACUUGAAUCCAUCUUCAAUAGUGGUAUGGUUAAUCCUCCAAAGAACGAAACUGUGAGAAUCAGAAAACUGCUCGAGAAAUUUGGCUCCGUUAGUGAUGCCAAUGUCUUCUACUGGUUUCAAAACCGGCGGUCGAGAUCUCGCCGGAGGCAACGACAAAUUCAAGCGGACCUUGCUGUAGAACAACAACAAACUCAGACUUCAAGUACUGGUGGUGCAAUUCAGUGUGAAAAUACCACUUCUAAUUCCGUUGGUUUUGCUCCCAAUUCAGUGUGUUCCCCUAUGUGUUCUGCAUCUUGUAGCCUCGUCGGCAAUGAGAAUUAUGAUAAUCUCUUUUCAUUUUCCGGUGGCCAUCCGGGCCUCCAGGAUAUUGAGCAAAAUCUUUCAAGUUUUUGCCCUGCUGAAACUUCUAACUUGCAACACCAGUCUGGAUUGAUUACAGUGUUUAUCAAUGGAGUUCCAACAGAAAUACCUCGGGGGGCUGUGGACAUGAAAUCCAUGUUUGGUCAAGAAUUUGUCUUAUUUCAUUCGUCAGGAGUACCAGUUCAAGUAAAUGAGUAUGGUUUUCUGGUGCAGAGUUUUCAGCAAGGUGAAAGCUAUUUCCUGGUUCCAAGAAAUUCUUAA